AUGUCUUACGCCGAUCUUAAGAACAAAGUCUUCUUCAUCACGGGCGCUGCCUCCGGGCAGGGUCGUGCAACCUCUCUCGCCCUCGCCCGUCAGGGUGCAAAGCUUGGCCUUUUGGAUUUGAACGACCCCCAAGAGAUUGUCGCUGAAGUCGAGAAGCUUGGCAGCGAAGCCAUCGGAUUCAAGGUCGAUGUGACC